AUGACUGGCCAUUUCUUUGAAGGAGCAGAAAAAUUAUUAGAAAUUUGGUUUACAACAACUACAAGUGAUACAAUUAAAUAUACAUCACGAAAUGAUUUACGAAAUAUUCCUCGGGAUCUUAUUGAAGAAGUAUUAAAUUUAGUUAAUUGUAAAGUACUUCAAUAUGCACAAUCGGCUACAACGGAUACAUAUGUAUUAAGUGAAUCAAGCAUGUUUAUUUUUCGUACACAUUUUGUUUUAAAAACAUGUGGUGAAACAACAUUACUUCAUGCAGUUCAACCAAUAUUAGAACUUGCACGAGAUUAUUGUGAUUUUGAUAUUGUCGAUCAAGUUUUCUAUAGUCGUCGAAAAUUUCUUCGACCUGAAUUACAAAAAGAACCACAUACAAGUUUCGAACAUGAAGUCGCUUAUCUUGAUUCACUUUUCGAAGGUGGUAGCGCAUAUGUUCUUGGUCGUACUAAUAUCGAUUGUUGGUAUUUAUAUACAUUGAACAAGGCAUGUGUUCGUACAAAAUCCGAUCAAACAUUGGAAGUUAUUAUGACGAACUUAGAUCAGGAAAAAAUGAAAAUUUUCUUUCAAGAACAUACAAAAUCAGCAGCUGAAGCAACGAAAAAAGCUGGUAUUGAUAAAAUUUUUCCAAAUGCAAAAAUUUUCGAUUAUUUAUUUAAUCCAUGUGGUUAUUCAAUGAAUGGUCUUCUACCUGAUGGUUAUUAUUUUACAAUUCAUAUAACACCUGAACCAGAUUUUUCAUAUGUUAGUUUUGAAACAAAUGUUCCAUAUCAUCAAUAUAAUGAUAUAGUUCGUAAAGUUAUAUCAAUGUUUAAUCCAGGAAAAUUUACAACAACAAUUUUUGGUGGAUCGGCAUCAAAUAGUCUUGAUAAACAUCGUAAAAUAUUUUUAUAUUCGGAUUAUGCUCGUAUUGAUCAUCAAAUUGUUUGUUUGGUUGAUUAUGAUCUUAUUUAUAAUGAUAUGAAUUAUGAAAAGAAAUUCCGUAUUUUACCUUAUUCAAUAUAUUUUCAUUAUUUUUUGAUUAUUAUUCUCGUUUUUCAAACAUUUGUUAAUGGGAAAAAUGAUCAAACAAAGAGUGUUAUCGAUAUUAUUGAUGAUGAAAAACCUGUAUUUGAUAUAAAUUUUGGUAAACAUAAAAAAUAUUCUAUUGAUGAUUGUAUACCAUUAGCAUUUGGAGAUUUUAAUGCUGAUAAAGUUAUUGAUAUAUUUUGUCGUAAUACAAAAGGUUAUAUGAUUCGUGUCAUGUUAAAUGAUGAUCGAUCACCAACAUCAAAAGAACAAUUCCGUAUAAAUAUAACGGGAAUUAUUUAUGAUGCAUUAGCAGCUGAUUUUAAUGGUGAUAGUAAACUUGAUUUAUUUGUACUUUAUAAAAAAGAAUCUGAUCAAAUUGGAUAUAAUGGUGGAAUAUUUUGGGGUGAUAGAGUUAAAUUAAGUGCUUUACAACCAUUGGAUUAUUUAUUUGAAAGUAUUCCAACAACUCUUGAUGCUAAUGGUGAUUCUUAUGUUGAAUUACUAGGCAUGGUUAGUACUGAUGGUGCAACUUUUAAACCAGCUUGUGUUUAUCUUAAAAAUGCUACCAGAUCACCUAUCGAAGUUUUACCUAAUAUUGAUAGACUUCGUCCUAGUUCAACACAAGGUUCAGUUGAUCUUAAUCAUGAUCUUAUUGCUGAUUUAUUUUUAACAAUUGAAACUGAUAAUAAAAUAAAAUAUCGUAUACAUGAAUUACCCAUAACAAAAUUAACAUUAAUUAAAGAAUAUGAUCCACCACCUCGUGUUGCUAUUUAUCAUUUAUCAGUAUUUGCUGAUAUAGAUGCCGAUGGUGAAUUAGAACAUAUUCUUCCUGUUUGUAUGGAUACAAGUUGUUCACAAAGUCGAAUUUAUGUACGAGAUGAUAAUGCAUGGCAUCAAUUACCGAUUCAAUUCGGUAAUGGAAUACGAUUUCCUUUACGAGAUGAAUUUCCAUCACCAUUUAAGCAAAUACCAAUUAGUAUUAAAAUAGCUGAUUAUAAUCUUGAUGGUUAUCCAGAUAUGGUUACAGUUAUGAAUGAUAGUGAAUCGGGUACAACUAUUUCAAUUGUUCUUUUAAAUCAACCAUGUGAAGGAGAUAUAAAAUCACCAUGUACUUAUAAUCGUACAUUUAUACCACAAACACAUGAAAAAUUUGUCUUAGCAGCAACAAAUACUACUCUUGCUGCAUUUUUUGAUAUUUUAGAAAAUGGUUAUCCAGAUUUACUUGUUGUACAAAAAGAUGAAAAUGAAACUUUUAAAUUAACUGCUUUUCAAAAUUCUAUUGUACAAGAUGUACAUUUUAUUAAAGUUAUGGUUCUUAGUAGUUCUAUGUGUACAACAUGUUCUAGUCAAAAGAAAUUACCAUAUGGUAAUAAUCAACCAGGUCAAUCAAUUAAAAUGGAAACAAUUACAAUUAUGAAUGGAAUUAAAGAUUAUACAAUUCAAUUAGCAGCUGUUCAAAUGUCUCAAGCUGGUCAAUUAACACUUGAAUUACCAUAUGUUAUAAUUGGUCUUGGUUCGACACCAAAUUUUGUUGAAAAAAUAACUGUUGGAGUUCCACCAAAUAGAGACUCGAAUAAAUUAUAUCGAACUUAUACACAAAUGAUUCCAAAUUCACAAAUUGUUGUCAUUCCAAUUCCAUUAAUGAAUCCAGAAAAAUGGCAUAGCAAAUUAUUUCUAACACCUAGUCGAAUGAUUCUUCAUACAGGAAUUGCAUUAGGUGUAACAUUAGUUGUACUAGCCGGUGUACUUGCUAUAUUACAAUAUCGUGAAAAGGUUGAAGAUGAUCGUGAACGUAAAGUUCAAGCUCAAGCAUUCCAUUAUGAUGCUUUAUGA